AUGACCAUCGCGAAAGUCCUUACGGCAGUCGUGUCGUGCGCGACGGCGCUCAUGCUCGUGCACAUCAUUCCCGACCUUCUCUCCGUGAAAACCCGCGAGCUGUUCUUAAAGAAUAAAGCGGCCGAGCUGGAUCGCGAAAUGGGAUUAAUCCGCACGCAGGAGGAGACGGGGCGGCACGUGCGCAUGCUGACGCACGAGAUCCGGUCGUCGCUGGACCGCCCGACGAUUCUCAACACGACGCUGGUGGAGCUGGGUCGCACGCUGCAGCUCGACGAGUGCGCGCUCUGGAUGCCCGCCAACCUCGCGGGCGACGAAGACGAGGACGGCGGCGGGUCCCCAUCGGACCUGCAGCUCAUUCACACGCUGCAUCAGCCCAAGCCCCCGCCAGUCACCGUAACGCUCGCCCACCCCACAGUGAAGCAGGUCUUCAGCACCAGCCGCGCCGUCGUCAUCUCGCCCAACUCGCCCGUCACCGCCAUCCCGGGCGGCGGCGGGCGGGCGGGCGGCAACCGCUACGUGGCCGGCGACGUGGUCGCGGUGCGCAUCCCUCUCCUCCACGCCAACACGUUCACGGGCGGCGGGGCGGGUGGCGCGGGCGGCAACGACUGGCAGGACUCGCGGGAGAGGAGCUACGCUCUGCUCGUCCUCAUGCUACCAGCCGACAGCGCGCGCCGGUGGCACGUGCACGAACUAGAAAUGGUUGAAGUGGUGGCGGAUCAAGUGGCUGUCGCGCUCUCGCACGCGGCCAUCCUAGAAGAAUCCAUGCACGCGCGGGAUCUUCUCAUGGAGCAGAACGUGGCUCUCGACCACGCGCGGGCGCAAGCCGAGAAAGCCAUCCGCGCGCGAAACGAUUUCCUGGCUGUUAUGAACCACGAGAUGCGCACGCCCAUGCACGCCAUCAUCGCUCUCUCCACGCUUCUCCAGGAGACGGAGCUGACUCCGGAGCAGCGCAGCAUGGUUGACACGGUGCUGAAAUCCAGUAAUCUCCUCGCGACGCUCAUUCACGAUGUGCUAGACCUCUCCCACCUGGAAGACGGUAGCAUGCUGCUGGACGUCCGCACGUUCAACCUCCACGGCACCUUCCGGGAGGUGGCAUCGCUGGUGAAACCGGUCGCGUCGGUGAAAAAGCUGGGAGUGACGCUAAGGUUGCAGUCGGACGUGCCGGAGUUUGCGGCCGGGGAUGAGAGGAGGCUGCUGCAGACGGCGCUGAACGUGGUGGGCAAUGCCGUGAAGUUCACGCGGGAUGGAAGCAUUACGAUUACUGUGUGCCUGGAGCGGCCGGAGUUUCAGCGCGACAAGAACUUUCCGAAGUUUGUGCCGGUGGUGGCGCUGGGAGACAAGCAUUACUACAUCCGCGUGCAGGUGAAGGACACGGGCGUGAAGGACACAGGAGUGGGGUUGAGGCAGGAGGACCAGAGGAAGCUGUUCAGCAAGUUCGUGCAGGCAGACGCCACCACCACUCGCAACUACGGGGGCACUGGUCUGGGACUCGCUAUUUGCAAGCGCUUCGUGAGCAUGAUGGGCGGCCAUAUCUGGGUGGAGAGCGAGGGGCCGGGCAAGGGCACGACGGUGACGUUUGUGGUGCGGCUGGGGCUGCCAGAGAAGGCCGACGACCGCAGCAAGGCGGGCAACGCGGGGCAGAAGCAGGCUGCUGGCGGCGCUGGUGGGGCCACCAAGGCGGUGGACUUCACAGGGCUCAAAGUGCUCGUGUGUGACGAUAACCAUGUGAACCGCAUGGUGACCAAGCGUAUGGUCACACGUCUGGGCUGCGAGGUCACCGUGGUGGGGUCGGGCCGCGAGUGCCUGGCGGCUCUUGCAGGGCCAGGCCAUGGCUUUAAGGGCCUCGCGGCUCUUGCCUUUCAGGGAUAUGAUGCCCAGGUGUGCUGCCCCCAACUGCCAGCACCGUCUAUCUGCUGUUAUCUCCUUGCGAACACCACUCUCUCCCUCUCCAACCCCCCUCCCCGUGUACCCCUUCCUCCUUACCAACAGGUGCUGCUGCAGGAUCUGAUGAUGCCGGACAUGGACGGCUACGAGGUGGCCAAGCGGGUGAUCGACCGCAUCAAGAACCUGGAUGAGCGGCCGCGCAUAGCAGCGCUGACAGCCAACACGGACCAGGCCACCAAGGACCGGUGCCUCAGCAUCGGCACCCAGGAGCACGCUGCCUCCAACUGCCAGCACCGUGCUGCUGCAGGUUUUGAUGAUACCGGAUAUGGACGGCUACGAGGUGGCCAAGCGGGUCAUCGACCGAAUCAAGAACCCCGACGAGCGGCCGCGCAUAGCAGCGCUCACAGCCAACACGGACCAGGCCACCAAGGACCGCUGCCUCAGCAUCAACCUUUUUCCUCCGAACCUUCCUGCUCCCCCUCUUUUCCCCACCAACAGGUGCUGCUGCAGGAUCUGAUGAUGCCUGACAUGGAUGGUUAUGAAGUUGCAAAGAGGGUCAUCGAUCGAAUCAAGAACCCCGACGAGCGCCCGCGCAUAGCAGCCCUGACAGCCAACACGGACCAGGCCACCAAGGACCGGUGCCUCAGCAUCGGCAUGGACGGGGUCAUCACCAAGCCCAUCUCGCUCGAGAAGAUGCGCAUUGUGUUCACGGAGCUCAUGACUCUCGGGAAGAUCGUGUCCGAUCCCAAGGCUUAA